AUGGCUCAGCAGAACGGUACUCCCAGCAAUGACUUCACUGUCAAGGCUGGCCUUGCGCAGAUGCUGAAGGGUGGCGUGAUCAUGGACGUCGUCAACGCAGAGCAGGCUCGCAUUGCUGAGGAGGCCGGCGCUGCCGCCGUCAUGGCUCUUGAACGCGUGCCCGCUGAUAUUCGUGUUGAGGGUGGCGUUGCCCGUAUGUCUGACCCUGCCAUGAUCAAGGAGAUCAUGGAGGCUGUUACCAUUCCCGUCAUGGCCAAGGCUCGCAUUGGUCACUUUGUUGAAUGUCAGAUUCUCGAGGCGAUCGGUGUCGACUACAUUGAUGAGUCCGAGGUUCUCACCCCUGCCGACGAUGUUUACCACGUUACCAAGUCCACAUUCAAGGUCCCCUUCGUUUGCGGUUGCCGCAACCUCGGUGAGGCCCUGCGCCGUAUCUCCGAGGGCGCUGCCAUGAUUCGCACCAAGGGCGAGGCCGGUACUGGCGAUGUCGUCGAGGCUGUGAAGCACAUGCGCACUGUCAACUCUCAGAUUGCCCGUGCUCGUGCCAUUCUCCAGAGUGCUGCCGAUCCCGAGCCGGAGCUGCGUGCCUACGCCCGCGAGCUCGAGGCUCCCUACGAGUUGCUUCGUCAGGCGGCGGAAUUGGGCCGUCUGCCCGUUGUCAACUUCGCCGCUGGCGGUGUUGCCACUCCUGCCGAUGCGGCGCUGAUGAUGCAGCUGGGCUGCGACGGUGUCUUUGUCGGUUCCGGAAUCUUCAAGUCCGGUGAUGCCAAGAAGCGCGCGAAGGCUAUCGUUCAGGCCGUCACUCACCACAAGGAUGCCAAGGUUCUCGCCGAGGUCAGCGAGGGUCUCGGUGAAGCCAUGGUUGGUAUCAACGUGCAAAGGAUGCCCGAAGGAGACAAGAUGGCCGGCCGUGGCUGGUAA